CAAACAAUUCAGUCGCCAUUUUGGGAAUAACCGGUGUUACAAUACAAAUAUUACUAAACAAAUAAGUCCUAAAGAAACACAAAUUUCAAGAAGAUAAACUAGCAGUUUAAGAAAAUGCCUGGAGGAUCUGUGAAUGGUAGGCCUUUUCGAGAGACCGUAGAUUCAUAUUCACGGACUGGUAUUCCAUGUGGUAACCCAAGACGUUAUCAGAGUCAUGAUGUGGUGCGAAUGGAGGCUGGAGUGCGGUCAAGGUCAAAGGUCAUUGAUGGUCCAUUGGAGUCCAUUGAAACUGAAGGCCAAAGACAACUCAAAUCUAUGCUCCAGAAACAAUUGGACACAAAAGUGACUUUACAACAACAAUUGGGACAAAAGCGAGAGUUUUCAAAAGGAGCAGAUUAUUUAGCUUCACCAGACGAAUUGUCAGGGACAAGAAACCUUAGUGACUUCAUUGCAGUUGGAGAAGUGGAUAAAUAUAUUGAAGAAAUGAAAAAUCUCGGACUGACCCACGAAGAAAUUUUGUACAAAUUACAAAUGGAGAAUGAUGGAAGUUUGCUAAAGAAAGGUAGAUUGAGUAACCCUGACUUUACUGCAGCAAAGUUGGCAGAGAUUAAUGACAAGAUAGCUCAGAAAAAACAAAAUCUCUCAAAACCUGAUAGCUUUUCAAAUGUGAAGCCACUAUCCAGACAUGAAAUGGACCUUGAAAAUGCAAUAGCUACAGCAAGUUCUCAAAAUAAAUUCCUCCACAAAACUCUUAUAAAGGAAAAAGAAACUAGUCCAAAUGAUCCCUUGAAUUGUAUACCAGAAAUUCUUGAAAAGUUUUCCAGUAAUGCCCAUCUUGAUACCAAAAAACACAGAAAGAUGGACAAGAAAAGUUACAAAAAAGAAUGUACGCUAGAAUGCUGCAAUCCAACAUUUAUUUCAAAUUGUCAAGAAUGUAGCAGACGCAAACUUGAUAAUUCACAAACUGAAAGUGAGGCUUGCUCGUCAUGUGACACAUCAUGUGAUCAAUGUCAGAUGACAUGUGACCAUGAAAUAAAAAUUCAAAUUUGUGAAGAAAAACCAGCAGACUAUGUAUCAAAGUGUGAAGAAAAAAGUACUGAAAAUAAACCGAAACUAGAGAAGAAAAUUCAUCAAAAGUCAACCUCCUUUACAGUAAAAUCUAAGAAAAAUACAGGAAUUUGUAAGCUAAAUUUGCCAGACAAUUCAAGUGUGCUAGAUAAUCAACAUGCAGAAGAAAAAAGAGAAAUAGAAAAUGUUGAAGCCAUUCCUGAGAGUGCAAUCAGACAAUAUAAACUGACUGCUGAGGAAGUGAAAAAGUUACCAAGAUUUGAAACAUACUCCCCAGGAGAACCUAGUCAUGUGCUAUUUGUUAAGAAUUUACCCCCAAAAUCACAGAACAAAUUUUGGCAUCCUUUUUUACAGUUCAGAUGA